AUGUCUGUAGAACAACAAAAUCAGAUGCAAAAUGCUCAUGUUGUCCUUGUAGAUAAAGAUGACAAUCCAGUUGGCGAAGCUGAUAAAUAUACAGCACAUCGCACUGAAAAGGGUCCACUUUUACACAGAGCAUUUUCCUUGUUUUUAUUUGAUUCGGAAAGAAGGCUUUUGCUCCAACAAAGAUCAUCUAAUAAAAUCACCUUCCCAUUGAUUUGGGCAAAUACAUGUUGCUCACAUCCUGAACCAAAAGAAGCCGUUCUUGAUGCGGCUGUUAGAAGAGUCGAUCUUGAAUUGAAUAUCAAGCUUUCUUCUGAUGCUCAUCUUCAAGAAUUGGGAUCAUUUGUUUAUAAAGCUAUUUAUGAGGAUGGAUGGGCAGAAUAUGAACUUGAUCAUGUUGUUUUUGGAUAUUAUGAUGUCAAAGAAAUAAAUCCAAACCCAGAAGAAGUUCAAGCAGUGAGAUGGGUAACUCAGGCAGAAUUUGAACAGUGGCUUAAUGAGAAACCACAAGAACUAUCACCUUGGAUCAAAAAGAUUUGGACUCAAUUCCUUCAGAAGAAUUGGAAUAAAUGGUGUGAAAAUAAAAAUAUUCCAGAGUCAGAAAUUUCUUUGAAACCGUUUGAUUUGGAAUAA